AGAUAAGCCGUAGGUAAAUCUCAACCGCUGCGUUGCAAUCUGCUCAGUUACUCUCAGCGCUCCGCAUUAACAGCUUCGUUUCGUAGUUAGUGAGACCAUUAUUAUCAACAAAGAGUAGAAACAUGUUGAAGUUCAUAUUCUUGGAAUUGUUUGUGUUAGUGAUUAGCACAUUUGGGUGUGAUAUUCCCACACGGCAUUACACAACCAUGAAAUGCACACCGGUUGGAUCAAAUGGUUCCGGUUGCCCAGCCAGAUAUGAUUGCCCGAGCUUGACCAAUCACGAUAAUUCCAAAUGUUAUUUCAAUGGGAAAACGUAUGCCCUAACCGAGCAGGUUCCCAACGAGUUGGUUUACCCAUAUUGUUCGGCUCUAUGCUACUGCCGAAGUGGUUCCCCUUUUGCGCAAUUCCGUUGCACACACAUCGAUUGCGCCGAAUUCUUCCAACGUUUCGACUUCGAGAACUGUAUUCGCACCUAUAAGCCAAACAGCUGCUGUUCGGCGGGGUCGGUAUGUGGUGAUGAUAAGAAAAAGCUGGCGGAGUGCACCACCAAGGACGAAGUAUUCCUUGCCGGGCAACGAAUGUAUCCAUCAUCGAACAAAUGCUUGACGUGCAUUUGCCACGCUGGGUACAAUCAGACGAAUAUUGCGAAUGACCCCAACUGCUACGAAACGAUUUGCGGAUUCGAAUUGUUCUAUGCCAAGCAUGUCUACAAUGGGGGUGCUCCCGUUUACUACGAAGAUCGUUGCUGCCCGUGGGAGUGGAGAAUGCCUAAGGACUCAGAUCGAUUGGCCGAGGGCUCAGCUAAGAAAGAAGUUAAAGAUUCUUCCCUGAAGUGCAAGUACGGUAAGCUGACGAUGAACGUCGGUGAUUCAUUGGUUUCUGAAGUUACGGAUCAGUACACCUACAACUGUGCUUGCCAAAUUCCUCCUUUGGCUCAGUGUACGAUGACAAAAAACAAACGGGAUUAGUGAAGGUUAGAUAAUCAAAUUUGAAUAAAUGGAAUAAAACAACUUCGAGCAAAA